CGUCACGCCUGGUCGCGGCAGCACAGUUGCACAACUAUUACUCCAUACUCCAUAAUCUUUUGAAUCUUUUGUUUUGUUUCGUUCCGGGGUGUCGUGCCUAGAAAUCUGCGACACAUUUCGCUUUGAUUCUAGCAGAAUAUAUUUUCGCAUCCAGGCCUCAAUUUCGGCUCAGAAAUGCGCUGCACGUGAAAUUAUAUUGGCUGCAUUUAAUUUUCGCUCGUCAACAAACAAGCCAAAAUGGAACCUUCGGAUGAUCAAGCCGUGGCUCAGAGCUCGACGGGGACUGUUUCCAAGUCGAAUAACCUGGGAGCUCUGGGUGACCUGAACCAAUACGACAGUGACUCGUCGUUGGAUGGGGCUGUGAAGGAAACGGGGCGAACGAAGGCCACCGGUUAUCGUGAGGUCACUUUGCCUGAUUCUUCGGACUCUUCCUCUUCAUCCUACUCUCAGGCUAGUGAGGAAGAGGAUGACUCAAGCACUGAAACUAGCAGCGAGGAUGAAUUCCACUGCGCCAGUGCGCCUCAAAUUAGUAAGCUGAAGGUCCCAAAAACUCAUGGAGAAAUAGGCCUGGAAGACCUGCCGCUUAUUGAAGACCUCACGAUUUCAGUUCAAGAGAAAGAAUGCGUGGAAAUUGGUAGGAUCUCAGCAAUUGUGGACACCUUGGUGGUCGUCAAGAGUAUCAGAGGCAAGUCGCCCUUGGACCUGGACAGUGUUCUCUUCCUAGACAAAGGCCAGAGAACCCUAGGGAGGAUUCACGAUGUGUUUGGAUCUGUAAAUGAGCCCCUGUACUGCGUCCGUUUCAACUCAACGGAUCACAUCAAAGAGAGAGGGAUUGAAAUGGAUAUGGUUGUGUACUGCGCCCCCCAAACAGAUCACACUACGUUUGUCCUUCUGGAUGAACUAAUGAAAAUCAAGGGGAGUGACGCAUCUUGGCUUGGAAAUAAUGAGCCCCCAUCAGAGUGCAUAGAUUACUCUGAUGACGAAGCAGAGAAAAAGUCGAGGAGAAAAAGAAACGUGGAUGGAGAAAGUGCAAGUGGCGGCUCUCGCGUCGAGCCGAGCAGUUAUGAGAAGCGCAUGAACGCCAAGAACCUUGCCCGCUCAAGGCUGCACCGCAACCCAGUGGGCUAUUACAACCCAGUCGCCCCGCAGAGCCACCACCACAUGAGCAACAUGAUCCCGAAUCUGCCGCCGCCGCACGCCUUCGGUGGCCAGCCAGUGUGGCCGCAUGGGAUGGUGGAGAGAUUUGUACAGCCGCCCUACCAGUACGGGCCCAUGUACCCCAUGGUGCCACACAUACCUCCCAUGCCUAUGAGGGGCCCGCCGCCGGGACCCCACGGUGCACCAAGGGCCCACGGCCCACCAAGGCCCCGCGCACCAUCUGGGGCCCACUUCUACAGGCCAAGGUACUGAGCUUCUGCGAGAUGACACUUGUUGUGAGGGGCUAUGCUCGAAAGUGAUAUGUUGGUGCAUUUCUAAAUGUUUAAUCGUGCAGAAAGAGUUGUAUUAUCAGAGAUAAAGCUGUGGCAGUCCAGUUGAUUUUGUUUUGAAUUAAUUUAUUCCUACUUUGAAUGAGUAAUAAUUUAAAAAAUAAAAUAGCGUAAAGAAAAUGUCACCAUAA